GCUUAUCUUCUACUUAAUGAAUACCUUACAGCCAGUCAAAGUGAUGCACAAAAGACCUAACUUACCAAGUAAGAAGAAGAAAAGACCUAUAGCCCUGACUCUAACUUAACAGUAUAGCCAGAUUUAUUACAAUAAGUGAGGAAAUUAAAAAAAAACAAAUGUGUUUGUUGGAUUCAUUCCUUUACGACAGAGUAAACUUAGCACAAAAUGUAAGGUAAAAAGCAAAGCAAUUGUUGUUUAUUUUACUGCUGAAAAAUAUCUUUCAGUGAAAAAAUAUCUUGUUCUUUGAAGGAAAUUUGGUUAAGAAAAGCUGGGAGAAAGACACGCAGUGACCAAUCUCAAGGGUAGAUUUGAACCCAGGCUCUUCCAUAAACCCUACAACAGCUCAGUCACCUAUUCAACCCAGCGAGCUAAACUAGUAUCCUGACAAAAGAAACGUAUUAAGGUUUUCCAUAUUAUGUCUUACCUAAGAAGAGAACUUAAGGUAUGCAACUGGCUCCAGAUCCCCCGAUCUUAGAAAUAUCUACUGUACUUAUUUUACUUAUGAACAUUUCUUUAGCAAAAGCCUGUUUCAGUUUUAUGUGUCUUAGCAGCUUGUGUGUCUGUAACCUUCAUCCAGGUGUGUUCAUAUACCCUCUCGGUGAAAAGGAGGUUGUGGUGGGCUUUGAAGCCGUGAUCGCAGGCCGGUUGGUUGGGGUCCAGAUCCAAAGCCGAGGAAAGUUAAAGGACUGCUGUUUGGAUUGCUGCCCUGGAGUUGGUCUUGAAGGGAAUGGCCUGGAGUGGGGCUGCUGUGGGAGCCCCAGUCUAGACAUGCAAUGCACCAACGACAACAUUGUAUUUUGGGCUUUAGGACAUCUGAUCCUGGAUGAGGACCUGGAGAGAACCACUUUCAUCGUGGGCACCGGAGUCAUUGGCCCCAUGGAUAUAGUGUCGAUCAUCAUAAGCACGACACUAGAACUUCCCACAUUAGAAAACGGAGCCAUUCGGAUCGUCUACCCCACACUCCUUACCCCGCUUGUCACUGGGAAAAUGACUCCAAGCAAGAGUGAAAGUGGAGGGAAGUGAUGAAACUGGGUAUUUAUCAGACGUGGACUCCUGAUUUUUUCCCCCCACUUCUUUCAUAUUAUUUUCCUAAAAAACUUCCCAUUGUGCGCCUUUUUUUCUUGUUUUUGUAGGGCGACCAGUUGUUUUGGUGCCACCUCAGGAAAACAAGAUCGGAUCGUGCACUCUCAGCAGCAGUGUGCGCACGCCAUCUUCACCAGCCCAGCUGUCAACCUGGCACCUUAUGAGCUGAACUUCCAGCUGCUGGUCAGAGGGGCCUGUCUGCUGGCUGGACUGGAGAGCCCUACUCACGCUCUGAGGGCAGAUGCAGAUCCAAGUGCCCAAAGUGCCUCUGCCACCUACAUCACCUUGGCACAGGAGCAUCCCUAUGACAGACACAUAGAGAUUAUUUUGCACCUCAGCGAACCUCACAGCCCCUUGGUCAUCUUAGAGAGAGGCAGGCUCUCCUUCAGCCAAUAUGAACAGCAAAUCUGCUCCCGUCGAGAUUUCAUCCGAUGCACCCGCAAGGAUUCAGAACCUGAAAGAAAGCUGGAGUUUGUCAGGAAGCGAUACCACAAAGACAUUCUGUGCAGCCCUGUGUUGAUGCUCAAUUUCUGCCCCGACUUGCUGCGUGAACCUCUGGAAGUGCACAAAGCCACCAGGGAGCUGCUGUUUCUCAUUGAUCGCAGUGGCAGCAUGAGUGGCGCCAACAUCCAGCGUGUGAAAGAAGCCAUGGUGGUGGCACUCAAGAGUCUACCUUCUGGCACAAUGCUCAACAUUGUGGGAUUUGGUACCACCAUCAAGCCCCUGUUCACCUCCAGCAAGCUUUGCACUGAUGUCACACUAACUCGGGCCUACGAGUACGUCCAGAGGAUGAGAGCUGACAUGCGAGGCACCAACCUGCUGGGGGCGCUCUUCUGGGUCUAUCAACAGCCCAUGCAGCGCUCGUACCCUCGCCAGGUCUUUAUUAUUACAGAUGGAUCCAUCAGCAAUGUAGCUAGAGUGCUGGAGCUAGUACGCAGAAACGCGUGUGCUGGCAGAUGCUUUGGCUUAGGCCUUGGUCCACGAGCCUGCAGGAGACUCCUGCAGGGCGUUGCCAAACUGACAGGAGGGACUACAGAGUUCUUGGAUGAUGAGGAGAGACUCCAGCCCAAGUUAAUCAAGCCCCUGAAGAAGGCCUUUGAACCUGUUCUGACUGACGUACGGAUCGACUGGUAUCUGCCAGAAAACAUGGAGGCUCUUCUUACACCCAAUGAAAUCCCUCCACUCUACCCCGGGAACCGCCUCAUAGGAUACUGCACGCUUUACGACAUGACCAGUUUCAAAGCAAAAAAGGCAGAGGUAUUACUCUGUGUGCAUUACCAUGAACAGAGCUACAAAGAUUUACUUCGUGGUUCUACGGGUUCAGUUUUUGGCCAGUCGAACGAUGAGCUUUCACCUCCUCCUGCCUCUGAGCUCAUGCCUGUGGUGACAUGUGCAGAUGGCACUGAGUUGGAGGAAGCACUGAGGGAAAUUUCUAGAGAGAUAUCCUCUGAGUUCUCCUGUGCCAAAGACACAGACACAGGCACCAGUCCAGGUGUGGAGUUGGACUGGUCCAGCGAUGUGAGGAAGAGGAUCCAGGAGAGCUCUUACAUUCAGGAGCAGUACAUCCUCACUCGCUGCUCACUCAGCAGUGAACGAAGUCUACAAACGCAGUCCCACUCUCACAUACAUGCCUCAAAUUCUGACGGGGGCUUUCUCUCCAGCUGUCACUGCUCUGGUCCAGUGCUCGAUACAGGGUCUCUGCCCCAAGGCCUCGAGAAGAUGCCCCCUCCAGAACAGAGAUCAUCCCUGUCUCGCUGGGCAGACUCAUCAUGGCAGCAAGACCUUUCAGUCAAAUCCCCAGACAGCGGGACCAAAAAAGGUGAAUUAGAGAUGCAUCGGCUGAGAAGGGCUCUGGAGAGGGUCUCCUUUGACCAAACACUGGGAGGGAAGCUGGAAGAAAGUGACGCGGAGACACAGCCAACACCACGAGGGACAGCGUCCCACAGAAGCCUCACCGACUCCAAUGGACUCUUGUUUCCCGCCUCCCCUCUGGACUGGGACAGUUUCACAGAUCCAGAGUAUCUCUUCGCUGCUGUCCCGCCUGACAGUCCUCCCCCAGGCCAGUGCCGUUCCCUUAUUCAUGGUGUCCUGAGUGGCAGGCCUGUGUCCUGGGAGGUCACUGUAGACCUGGGGCACCUCUGGACCCCUGAGAGUCAGGACAUUGAAGUAAGUGGGGUAUAUGGAAGGGGAGGUGAAGAAGGAAGAGGAGGGAAAUUGUGCCAGGAGAUCAUUCACCAACUGACCGCUCGCUCAGUUAUAAGAGACUUUGAGAAAAUGGCAGAGAAAGAGAGCGACAUUGGACAUGGCUCAGCGAAGCGAUAUCGUACAAAGGCUAUCCAGACAAGUAAGCACUGUAACAUCAUCUGUAUGUACACAGCCUUCACCACCACUGACAGCAAUCCCAACAAAGGCUUGGCUGACAUGGAUGUGCAAACCACAGGGCUACAUUUGGGAAACAGGCAGGCUUUUCAGUCAGGAAUUCGUAGGCAGAGGACUUAUUCUGUAGGUCUGGGCAGACGGCACACCACUGGAGACAGUGCAGAGGUGGAAGACACCUGGAACUCUACAGGUGUAGGGGGCAGCUCCUACUACACUACAGCCAUGGCAACAGGCACCCCGAGCACUCGCUCACAGCGAUCUAUAGAGAGCAAGUCAAUGGAGAGCUUCUUUGGCACCAGUUGUGUCCACUUUAUUUGUUUACCCAGCACACAAUACAUACCAUCAGCUCCCAAAUUCAUUCUGCAAACUCCUGGAGUCAGUCAACAUUUAAAGGCAGAAGAACUUUGGAAAGUUAAACCACAUGCUAUGACAAAUAGUGUGCAAAAGAGAAACACUGCCACGUUAAAGGCAAAGUGCAUUUGCAGCAUUGUAAUACUGUGCACUCAUCUUCAAGUGUGCUCAUUACCCAUGUCUGUUAUGACUCCUCAGGUUCGUCUGCAGCUGGCAUCAGGAGCUUUUCUUCUGACUGAGAUCUACUCUGACUGUGUCCAGAUUCCUCUGGACCGCCUUAAAAGAGCAUCGCCAUACAGUCUCCACCGCCGUAGUCUCAGCCCAGCCUUACGCUGCACAUCUCCCAGUGCUCCAUCCUUGUCCACUAGUGCCAAACCUCCUGGUGCUCCCUCUGGUCACCACGUUACCUUCUCUCCUUCCGCUUGCUCCUUUGUCAGACAAGCCAUUCCACCUUUCCACCACACUCCAGAUGAUACUCCCCUAAUUUUGGAAUCGAGGCUUCGCCGAAGAUACCUCUCUGAACAAGACCCUGUCACCUCUCCCACUGACCUCCCCAGCUCUGAAGAGGGUUCUUUGGAGUUAUCCAUCAGCCCCUUUCAGAACCAGAACCUCGGCCAAGCAGACAGUGGCCGUGGGUCAGAGACAGAUAUAUAUGAAGGCUCUACACCUGAGCAAGCUUACCUCCAAGGGAGCAGCCAGUUGGCUCAAGAGGAUCUGGAGGGCUCAACUUGGGCCACAGCUGUGGCCCUAGCGUGGCUAGAGCACCGGUGUGCCGGCUACUUUAUGGAGUGGGAACUGGUAGCAGCAAAAGCAGACUCAUGGCUGCGCUGUCAGAAGCUGCCCGAGGGACUGGACAUGGCAGGGCUUAAGGGAGCAGCCAGACAGCUGUUCCUGCUGCUGCGCCACUGGGAUGAGAACAUUCAGCUGAACAUGCUGUGUUAUAACCCAAAUAAUAUGUGAGAUAAUCGUCUCAGAG